CCUAACACUGCAACUAGAAGCAUCGAGAAAAGCCGAAAAGAAAUGGGAGUAGAGAAGCAACUCAUCCGCCCGGGCACCGGUCCCAAGCCGGCCAAAGGCCAGAAGGUCACCGUUCACUGCACCGGCUACGGGAAAAAUGGUGAUCUUUCUCAGAAGUUCUGGAGCACAAAGGAUCCUGGACAGCAGCCUUUCAGUUUUGAAGUUGGCCUUGGUAAAGUUAUAAAAGGAUGGGAUGAAGGUGUUUUGGGAAUGCAAGUGGGAGAAGUUGCUCGACUACAGUGCUCUCCAGAUUAUGCUUAUGGUGCUGGUGGAUUUCCAGCAUGGGGGAUUCAACCUAAUUCAGUUCUAGCUUUUGAGAUUGAAGUCCUUAGCGUGCAGUGAUUACUAGGCUGAGGUUGGUAAACCUCAUAAAAUUGCCCUACGAAUACCCUAAAUAACUUGCCAUGAGCAUGUAUGGAUGUUGUCCUAGUACUUAAUAUGUGUGGUGAAGCUAUGUGCUAUUUUUAAAAUUUGUAAAAGUAGUAAUCUUGCUAAUAUGUUGUCUUGUUGGGUUCUUGUGGUCUUGCCAUGUUUUUUAUCACCUUAAUGAAAAUUUAUGCUACAC